UCAUAAUCCACACCAUCCCUUCGAACUGAGGAUGAAGAUUAGGGUUGAUUGUUGGAAAGGAAUCGAGAGGGUUAAUUUUUGGAAAGGAAUCGAGUACAUAAUGCGAGGUAAGAACACGACAAAUGCUUAACUGGCAAAAUGUACUCGACCCCAAUCCAACUUGAUGCUUUCUAUCUCCGUCCAUUUCGUCCGGCGUAUGUGGUAUCCAUGAUUUCAUAUUCAU